AUGCCCAAACCAGGACUGCUCCUAGGGUCCUCGCGCCCUCGCAGAAGGACUACGGGCCCCGGCGACCCCGGGGGCGGGGCUUCCGGCGCGCUGCCUUGUGGGCGCGGUAGUUCCGCCAGGCCUGGCUUCCGCCUGCCGAGCGGCCCCGGACCGCGGGCCGGACUACACUUCCCGUCGGCCCGCCUGCUCUCCCGAUGUCGCCUUGGCGCGAGACGUUGGCAAGCAGAGUGUCUCCAAGAUGGCCGCUUGGGGAAGGAGGCGUCUUGGCCCGGGCAGCAGUGGCGGCAGCGCCCGAGAGAGGGAACCAAGAGUGUUUGUAAUGAAGAACAUCAGACUCUGAGCUGUAACCUGAAUUCUUGUCCAAAAUUCAGCACACUGGCAACGAGCACAUCAAACAGAUUGCCACUUGUCCUGUCGGCGUCUUUGAGACACACUUGCCCAUCUAGGAAAGCGCAGUGCAGGGUGAGCUUGUCGGCCACAGACUGCUACAUUGUGCAUGAGAUCUACAAUGGGGAGAAUGCCCAAGACCAGUUUGAGUACGAGCUGGAGCAGGCCCUGGAAGCCCAGUACAAGUACAUUGUGAUUGAGCCCACUCGCAUCGGCGACGAGACGGCCCGCUGGAUCACCGUGGGCAACUGCCUGCACAAGACGGCCGUGCUGGCGGGCACCGCCUGCCUCUUCACCCCGUUGGCGCUGCCCUUAGAUUAUUCCCACUACAUUUCCCUGCCCGCUGGUGUGCUGAGCCUGGCCUGCUGCACCCUCUAUGGGAUCUCCUGGCAGUUUGACCCUUGCUGCAAGUACCAAGUGGAGUACGACGCCUAUAAACUGUCGCGCCUGCCUCUGCACACACUCACCUCCUCCACCCCGGUGGUGCUGGUCCGGAAGGACGACCUGCACAGAAAGAGACUGCACAACACGAUAGCACUGGCCGCCCUGGUGUACUGUGUAAAGAAGAUUUACGAACUCUAUGCCGUAUGAUUUCAGUAGAACAGGGAGCGAAGCAAAACCACCCGGCCCACAAGAGACAACAGAGUAUUCAGAUCGCCACACUCUGUGAGGCAGCAGAGCCUGGGAAGGUGUUUGGCUUAAUAUUUGUUAUUUUUAAAAAAUAACAGAUCACGGGUGUACCCAGGGUUUUUCAGCUCAUUACACUAAGAUGUGGAUUUCCAUAACCCAAGAAGGGGGUCUGAGGCUGUGGAAGUCCGACUGGGCAGUGGAAUGCUGAUGGAGGCAGACGCUGCCGAGGGGGUGUGGACGUGCUUUGGGGGAGGUCUUUAAGUCUAUUGUUUAACUGUACCAUCCAGAGCCCACCAGAAGCUAUUGACCAUUAAAAUUAUGAGAAUUUCAA